AUGUUUCUGAUCAUAUAUCCCACAGUCGGAACUAUACUUGUGUCUAUUGCAGCUAUCAAGCGACGAGCGGUGAGAAUAACAGAAUUUAGUUGCUUAGUACUCGAUCCACUGUGGGUUCGCUUACUGGGCUAUAACGGUCCCAACACAGUUCUAGCAAUAUUUUCCAUCUACUUUGCCUGUCAUGCGACAUUAGUAGUAAUCCGUCAUUUGUAUAAAUUCAAUCCGCAACCAUUUCCCAUACACCAAGAAGCGGAUGAAAAGAAUGCCAAAGUAGAAACAGAAGCCGAUUCGUCCGAAACACAGUCGAGUGGCAAAGCUAUCGUAUCUGAUUCCAAUGAAUCACAAGAUCACACUUUGGUGAUGCAGGUAGCAACUAUUGGUGUCGAAUCUACGAGUUGCGAUAGCAGCAAAUCUCGCCUUUCGAGAACUGUGUCUUCAACACCGGCUCUCAAAACCAGGAAUAACAGAUAUAAAGUCACAAGAGCCGUCAUCAUUCGCAUGACCAUCUUCAUAAGCACUUAUGCCCUUGUAAAUAUCAAUGCAUCGAUUGGAGUCAUCUUGACUAUUAUAAAAAGGGAACCCGUGGAGACAGGAGAUUUAUAUGUUUGUGGGACAGUGGGAAUCUUGAUGUGUUUGGUUUUUGGGACAACUGAUAAAGCAAUUGAUCGGUUGGGUUUAAAAUGGGUGCCAGACAUUCAGUUAUGUUCGCGGAUCAAGGUAUUCAAGAAAAAAAACGAGCAAAAUAUAUAA